GAGAGAAUGAGCAGUCACAGGCGCAACGUCAAAGAAUUGCGAUACUUACAAAAAGAUGGUAUGUAGGAUCCUUGAAGGCUGAGAGGCAUGGCGAGGAAAAGCCCCGAGUCGCUCUUCACUCUGACAAAGUUAUUUUACUGAUUUCACUUCCAGUCCGCGCUCUUCAAUUUCCAGUCUGCGCUACUGGUGCUUCUCCUGAUGAUUUGCACCAGCGCAUACUUCCACCAACUGUUUCCGGGCUUCAUGGAUAGGAAUAAGGAUGGGUAUGCUGUUAUCCUAGGUCGCGAGCCUAUAUGUGGAAAAUGGCGCUAAUGGGAAACGUAGGGCGUUCACGGGUGUCUUUUGGAAAUGCGCCAGGAUAGGAGAACGAUUAAGUCCAUACAUUAGUAUGUGCUGUGUCAUCAUGGCUGUAAGUAUACAUGGUCUUGUAAUUUGGAUCCAAUCUAACAGAUUCAGGUUUCUAUCUUCAUCGGUAAUUGAAGUAAACAUAGGAUGAUUCGGGGCGUUUUGGGCGUGAUGAUACCAGGUGGACUUGAGUUCGGGCAUACUAGAGAUCACAUCUAAUGAUGUACAUGACGGAGCAACAAUACACGAACUCUACAAGAGAGAAGAGGUACGGGGUCAUGGAGCAGUAUUACAAUUCAAGGCGGGCGAGGGGUCGCUGUACCAUACACGGACGUGGUCCAGGAAAUCACUUUUCUAUGGCAAUGAACCGAAAAGUCUUGUACUUUUGUAUAGAACCAAACACUCCCCAACGCCUUCGCUAAUGCAAUACAAAUUCUGUGAACAUCAUUUAACCGUUGAUAC